UUCCGCCCGGGCCCGCGAGCUGCGGCCUCCGGGACCCGGCGCCCGCCGCCGCUCAGCCGGGACGCGACCCCGCAGCCACGCGCGGCCCUUGGCGCUAUGGACCCGGCGCUGGCCGCGCAGAUGGGCGAGACGGUGGCGGAGAAGAUGCUCCAGUACCGGCGAGACAAGUCAGGAUGGAAAAUUUGCCGGGAAGCCAAUGGAGUCUCGGUUUCCUGGAGGCCAUCUAUGGAGUUUCCAGGGAACCUGUACCGGGGAGAAGGCAUCGUGAAUGGGACGCCAGAGAAGGUGUGGGGCUGCGUUAAGCCACUUGCUGGGACCCUGAGAGACCAGUGGGAUGAGAAUGUGAGCAGCUUUGAAAUUGUCGAAAGCAUCACGGAUGUCCAGGUAGGAGACGGCGUGACUGGCGAGGCGGAGGAGCCCUGAGCAGAGUGCAGAGAACGCAGCAGCUGAUGAAAAAGUGGGUGUGAAUGUGGGCCCUGCAGCUGCUGGGCCAGUGCCUGGAUUUGACCUUGACCUCCCAGCUCUGGUUUGAAAUAUCGUCCUCUGACGGGGCCGUGAUCAUGAAUCCAGAGUCCUGGCCCCAGCGUCGGGGUUCUCUGCCAGCUGCGGGGCUAUGCCGGGUGGUGGCUCUGGAUUACAGUUUCUCCAUUGGUAAGACGCGUGUCCUCUAAGCUAGCCCCGCCCAGUAGAACUUUCCACCACAAUGGAAUUGUGCUGUAACCACGCCUACUACAGUAGCCACUAGCCCCGUGUGGCCACAGAGCCCUUGAAACGUGUCAAGAAAGUGAAGGAAAUGAAUUGUUUGAGGAAGUGAA